AGCGAAACAAAAUGCGACAGCUUUUGCUGAUCUGUGCGCUGGCCUGUGCCGUCGGCGGUGUGCUAAGUGCUUCGUUGACGCGCGUCGGCCGCGAGGAUGAGGUGGGAGCGGUGGUGGCGGUUCCCGCCGAAGAGGUAUUGGUCGUGGAGCCAGCAGAGCUAAAGCGGGCCGAAAUCCCGGUGGCGGUCGAGGAAGUCGAGGCUGCCGCUCCGGUUGCGGUCGAGAAGACGGUCGAGCCGGUCGAAAGCCAGAGCAUUGCGGAACCGGUGGCUGAAGUUGCGGAACCGGUGGCCGUCGUGGCGGAAGUCGUUGCCGAUGCCGUCGUACCGGAGAGCGAAGUUGUGCAGGCGGUGGAGGAGGCGGUCGUCGCUGCCGAACAGCAACCAAAGUUUGUCCCGGAAAGUGAGGCGGUUGCCACCGCUGCCGUAGCUGAGCAGGAACCAGCUGCCGUUGCUGAGCAGGAACCAGCUGCCGUUGAGUCACUGCGCAGUGUAGAACCCGUGCCGGAAGCUGCCGAGCCUGUCGUCGCUGUGGUCGAGAACGUUGCCGCUCCGGUGGAGGAAACCGUACAGGUGGUUGAACCCGUUGAGUCGCUGCGCAGUGUGGCCCCAGUAGCGGAGGUAGCUGAACCCGUGGCCGUCGUAGUUGCGGAGGAGAAAAUCGAGGAACAGCAGCCGGAAACCGUCGUACCAGCCGUUAAGACCGUCGCGGAAGUGAUUCUGGACAAGGCCGAGGAGAAGGUCGUCGAAGAAGCUGUUGUGGCUGCAAAGGAAACGGAAGUAGCUCCAGUAGAGUCGCUCAAAUCGGUUGAACCAGCAGUUGAAGUGUCUGAGCCCGUUGCCGUCGUUGUCCCGGUUGUAGCUGAGGUGGCUGAGAAGCAGGAGGCCCAGGUUGUGCCACAGGUCAAGUCCGUACUGCCAGUCGUAGCUGCAGAAGCAAGCGAAGUCGUUCCGGAGGUGGUUGCCGUUGCUGAAGAGAAGCCAGCCGUCGCCGUACAGGAAGUUGCAGCUGUUGAGUCGCUCCGUACCGUUGCCGUGCCGGAAGUUGCCGCCGUUGAAGCUGUCGAGAAGGUGGCUGAAGUUGUGGCUGCCGUUGAGCCCGUUGAGGAGAAGGUUGUCGCCCCGGUUGAAUCGCUCCGCUCCGUUGCUCCGGUUGUCCCAGUAGAAGAACCUGUCGCUGCCGUUGCCGCUGCUGCCACCGAGGAAAAAGUGGUGGAAGCGGUUGAGGAGAAGGUUGUAGCUCCAGUUGAAUCCCUGCGCCAAGCUGCCCCCGUGGAAGCGGUCAACGAGCCAGCCGUUGUGGUGGUCGAAGAGGAAAAGAAGGAUGAAGCCGUUGCCGUUGUGGAGAAGGAAGCCGUUGCUGCUCCCGCUGUAAAGGCCGUCGUUGUACCGGAAGUGGUUGAGAACGUGGAAAAGCAGGAAGCUCCUGUGGCAGUCGAAGAACCGGCGGGCGUCGUCAAGUCGGUCCCGAUUGCGGAAGAUCUUGUCCCGGUGAAGGAAGUCGAAGCUGAACCACACCAGGCUCUGCGCGGUAACGAGGUACGUCAGGAGACGGGUAGCUCCACUACUCGCCCAAAUCUGCUCCAACAGAUUAUCCAGCCGGUGAACAACUUCAUCCAGGCAACUCCGCUCGGACAGGUGUUGAACCGCCCAUCGAACACCCCAGCUGCCGCAGCCGCUCCUGCCGCCGAGAACGCUGAAGUCGCUCAAGAUGAGUCGGCCCCGGCCGGUACCACCAGCGCACCCAACCUAGUCCAGCAGCUCGCCCAGAACGUGCAGAACUUCUUCAACCCGAAUGCGGCGAACGCUAAUGCUGAAGCGGAAGCGACAACCCGCCCCAACAUCAUCCAGCAGGUCCAGAAUGCUGUCGGAUCGGUGUUCAACCGACCGGCCACCAACUCGGAGCAGCAGCAGCAGCAGCAACCGAACCCCAUCCAGAACAUCGUCCAGGGUGUACAAAACUUUUUCCGACCGACGACCGCACCAGCACAGGGCAGCCAGUCCGAGGGUGCGGCUCCUGCCGAUACACCCCAGGAAACGCCAGCCGCCUAA